AUGACGUACGGAUUAGUAGCGUGGUAUAACCCUAUUCGGGCGGUACCAGGAGCCAAACGACGCAUGGGCUCUAUUGGCUUUGCCACCAAACCUGGACGCGUUCAGAGACUAGCAGCAACACUAGUCACUGGUGGCCUUAGGACAACAGCCACCACCGCUCUCGAGUACCACGCAAACCUCCCUCCUAUCAUCCUCACACUCAAUCAUAUUGUCCACAAUGCCGCUACUCGUCUCGUAACCCCUCCUCCCAGUCACCCUCUUCAUGCCCCCUGGAAUUCGACUAGAGGAACCCCCCUGAAGCACCUCACCACUAUACAUCGCCUCAAGAGCGCCCUUCCACACCUCAGAAACCUCGAGACCAUCGGUCCAGGUCUAGCAGAUGACGGAUGGAGCUCCUCAGCGAACGUAAAGAUCGCUAAGUCAAAGGACGAAGCCAUUCAAUUUGCGACGUCUAGACCAGAAGAGGAGCUGACUAUCUUCUGCGAUGGGUCGGGAUACCGUGGCGGGAUCGGAGGUGCUGUGGUGACAAAAGUAGGAGAGUGUAACGUUUAG